GUUUGAGGCAGUACUAUAAUAAAAAAAGUUUUAACAUUUUUAAUCCCGUCUCUUGUUUUCAGGCAUGUCCAAGCUGCGUUUCAAGCCUGCUUAUAACCCAUAUACAGAACCUAGCAUGGAGAUUUUCAGUUAUCAUGAAGGCUUUGGGAAAUGGGUAGAGGUUGGAAAUUCUGGAAUGUUUAGACCUGAGAUGUUGCUUCCUAUGGGAUUACCAGAAGAUGUUCGUGUUAUUGCCUGGGGCCUUUCCCUUGAAAGACCGGCUAUGAUCCUUUAUGGCAUUAAUAACAUCAGGGACCUGUCUGGGCACAAGGUGGAUCUUGGUCUCAUCCAGACAAACCCUACCAGAAUAUCAUAA